GGAGGAGCUAAGUAGUAUUCUUCCAAAGAGAAACAAAUCAAACGCUUGGCUUAACUCAUUCAAUCUUUUCUUCACAUCUCUUCUCUGCUCCAAUACCUUCCUUCCUCUGCUUUAUUCCCAAGAAAAGAAAAACAGAGACUUCCCGGUUCCUCAUAUCUCUCUUUCUUUCUGUAGUAAUAAUCCUUGUGUUCAAUUGUUAACAAAGGGUGAUGUUGAUGGUGAUCAGCAGCAGGUGCUCUCACACUUCCCACAUCACCGAAAUUAUUAUCACCAGCUUCUUUCGCCAUAAGCUCUAGAUCACUAUUCUUUCACAUCAAUCCUUGUAUUAAAGGGGUGGUAGUGAUAUCAGGAACCCCAGAUACAUAAAGGGAACACGCCCUAUGGCUGUUUCUUGAAUAUUACAGCUUUGUAACAUUAUAGAAUAUAUAGCUAUGAUGGCUCCAGGGAUGCUCUACAGUGCUGGUGCUGGUGCUUGUGCUUCUAAUUUCGAUGGUGUUUUGAUUCAGAAACAGAGGGUUAUGUCUUCUUCUUCUUCUACUGCAAAAGAGCAUCUUGGUUCUCUAUUUGUCCCCGGCUGUUCUUCUUCUUACUUGGGAUCUAGUUCUAUGGUCAGUUUCGGCAGUGUUAAUGGAGGGAAGAGGUCAUUCUUUGACUCAUUCGAUCAAGAAGAGAAUGAAGCAGAUGAAUUGGGAGAGUAUUUUCAUCAAGCAGAAAAGAAGAGGCGGCUUACAGAAAACCAAGUUCAGUUUCUUGAGAAGAGUUUUGGGGAAGAGAACAAACUGGAACCAGAAAGAAAAGUCCAGCUUGCUAAAGAACUUGGUCUGCAGCCUCGCCAAAUUGCAAUAUGGUUUCAGAAUCGUCGCGCACGAUGGAAGACUAAACAGCUCGAGAAAGAAUAUGAAGCAUUAAGGAAUCAAUAUGACAAUCUGAAAUCAGAUUACAAUAAUCUCCUCAAGGAAAAGGAAAAUCUUAGAGCUGAGGUUUUCCAGCUCAACGAUAAGCUGCUUCUCAAUGAGAAAGAAAAUGGGCAAUUGACUCAACGCGACUUCCAGAAACACUCCGAUUCAUCGCCAAAAGAAACCAUGGCUGAUCCUAUUUCAAGGGUUAAAAUGUCCAAUGUGUCAGCUCGGGUUCUUAAGGAAGAUCUAAGCUCUGCUAAGAGUGAUGUCUUAGGAUCAGAAAGCCCACAUUACACUGAUGGGGUGCAUUCCUCUUUCGUAAAGCAAGGUGAUUCUUAUGUAGUUGAACCUGAACCGUCAGAUUUAUCUCAAGAUGAUGAAGAGAACUUCAACAAGACAAUGCUCUCUACUGCCAACUUGCUUGCAAAAGCCGAGGAUGAUGAUUAUCGCGUGACAUCCUCAAAUGUGAGCUACUUUGGAUUUCCAGUCGAAGACCAAGGUUUUGGUUUCUGGUCCUAUUGAGUUCAUGGUUGUAUGUAGUAAUGAGGAAAAGUACUACUACUAUUUUAUGUCUAGUAAUGUGUCUUAGUUGUGUAUAUUUGGAGACAGUCCAUGGCAGUAUAUUUUCUGUAAUAAAUAAAUUCCUAUUGUAUGGGACCAGAAUCCAAAUGAGGUGAUGGGUUCUGGUCACAGAACAGUUGGGAACUAUGGUUAUUGCGCUUAAUCUCCCUUUGCUUUGUAUCUUUCUUUUUGGAUUUCAUGUUAUUCCUAUUUAUCGUA